AACUUGAAAAGAGAGACGUUUCAGUGAGUGGUCUGUGUUAGGUUUCACCAAAUAAAAAAGGAAAAGUAAAAGGGAAAAUCUUUCAAUUUUCAGUUAGUGAAUGGCCAUUGCCCAGUUUAUAAGGCACUACAUUUUCCCAGUAAACAAACAAAAAACCUUUAAGCAUGCUUUUUCUUCCUUUUUUCGAUUUUGGUUUUUUUUUUUCCCUCUAGGAUGAAAAUUGAUAGCAUUAACAAAAUCCAUGUAAUCUAGAAUCUCAAAUACUGCUAAAAGAAAAAGCUUAAAAAGACUACCCAAAUUUUGUAAUCUUCAAAAACCACCACUUCUUUAUUUUUCCAAUCCAUCUUGUUUUACUUUUUCUCUCUAUAAAAUUAGAACUCACAAUAUUCUUUUAUUCUUAUAGCUCUAAAUCCAAUCACCUUUCCAUUUUCAAUACCAUUCUCUCUAAACAUAUCUUCUUCGUUUUGGUCUUUCAUGUUAAAUUGUUCUCGACUUAUCUACAUUGUCUGGUUCUUCAUCACCUGCUUAUUCUCUCUACAGUAUAUACAUAAUCUCUUACCAAGCCAAGCCUACCCUUUUGUGUGUUUCUGUUCAACUUUUAAGAAUUGGUUUACUUGUUGAAAGAAUGGAUUUUGAGUGACUGUAGACAAGUUUAUAAUGGAUCUUGAAGGUGCUAUCCCCGCGAGUCCAAUAAAGAAGGAAUCAUGGAAGACAGUGUUAAGUUUAGCUUAUCAGAGUUUAGGUGUUGUUUAUGGAGAUUUAAGUACUUCCCCUUUAUAUGUAUACAAAAGUGCUUUUGCUGAGGAUAUUCAACACUCUGAUACAAAUGAAGAGAUAUUUGGGGUUUUAUCAUUUGUGUUCUGGACAUUGACAUUGAUGCCAUUACUGAAAUAUGUGUUUAUUGUGCUCAAAGCUGAUGAUAAUGGGGAAGGUGGAACUUUUGCAUUAUAUUCAUUGCUCUGCAGGCAUGCCAGGGUGUGUUCUUUGCCUAAUUGUCAGCUUGCAGAUGAGGAAUUAUCAGAGUACAAAAAAGAUGGGAUGGCAUCAAAUAAUAAUAGGAGCUUUUGGGGUUCAAGUUUGAAAUCAACUUUAGAAAAACACAAAAUAUUGCAAAGGCUAUUGCUUGUAUUGGCUUUGAUUGGAACUUGCAUGGUCAUUGGAGAUGGGGUUCUCACACCUGCAAUUUCUGGUAUUUUUUUCAAACAUAAAAUCUGGGUUUCAUUUAUUUUUCCUUGGGUUUAUACUAAGACUUUCUGGGUUUCUGCAGUUUUUUCAGCAGUUUCAGGGUUGGAGCUUUCAAUGUCCAAAGAGCAACAUCGAUAUGUCGAAGUCCCAGCAGCUUGUGCCAUUCUCAUAUUCUUGUUUGCGCUCCAACAUUAUGGGACACAUCGAGUAGGGUUCUUAUUUGCACCAGUGGUGAUAACAUGGCUUUUAUGCAUCAGUGCCAUUGGGGUUUACAAUAUCUUCUAUUGGAACCCCAAGGUUUACCAAGCUCUGUCCCCUUUUUACAUGUACAAGUUCUUGAAGAAGACCCAAAAGGGUGGUUGGAUGUCACUUGGUGGGAUCCUGCUCUGUAUAACAGGCUCAGAAGCUAUGUUUGCUGAUCUUGGACACUUUUCACAGUUGUCCAUCAAGAUUGCUUUCACCUUUGUGGUUUAUCCAUCUCUAAUCCUUGCAUAUAUGGGACAAGCUGCAUAUCUUUCGAAGCAUCAUAUUCUCGAAACCGACUACCGGAUUGGAUUCUAUGUCUCUGUACCAGAGAAAAUAAGAUGGCCUGUUCUGGUUAUAGCCAUAUUUGCAGCAGUUGUGGGAAGUCAAGCCAUAAUUACUGGAACAUUCUCAAUCAUCAAACAAUGUUCUGCUUUGGGUUGCUUCCCAAGGGUCAAAAUUAUCCACACUUCAUCCAAAAUGCAUGGCCAGAUUUACAUACCGGAGAUCAACUGGACUCUAAUGCUGUUAUGCUUGGCAGUGACUGUUGGUUUUCGAGACACAAAACGCAUGGGAAAUGCAUCAGGUUUGGCAGUUAUAACAGUUAUGCUGGUUACAACAUGUUUAAUGUCUCUGGUUAUUGUCUUAUGCUGGCAUAAAAGUGUUUUUCUGGCUAUUUUGUUUAUAUUCUUCUUUGGCUCCAUUGAAGCACUGUAUUUCUCAGCAUCUCUUAUCAAGUUCCUUGAAGGGGCUUGGGUUCCUAUUGCCCUUGCUUUAAUAUUUUCAGCCAUAAUGUAUGUUUGGCACUAUGGCACACUCAAGAAAUAUGAGUUUGAUGUUCAGAAUAAGGUCUCUAUCAACUGGCUCCUUGCUCUAGGUCCGACUCUCGGUAUUGUUCGGGUCCGAGGCAUUGGGCUUAUACAUACUGAGCUUGUUUCCGGGAUCCCAGCUAUUUUUUCUCACUUUGUCACCAACCUCCCUGCAUUCCACCAAGUUGUAGUAUUUCUUUGCAUAAAAUCAGUUCCAGUACCACAUGUGAGUCCAAAGGAAAGGUUCCUAGUAGGAAGAGUCGGUCCCAAGGAAUACAGGCUCUAUCGAUGUAUAGCACGAUAUGGAUAUCGAGACGUUCACAAAGAUGAUCUCGACUUUGAAAAAGAUCUUAUUUGUAGUAUUGCGGAAUUUAUCAGAUCAGAGAGACCUGAAUGUAGUAUUCCGAUACUAGACUCUGAAAAUGAUGAAAGAAUGACAGUUAUCGGGACAUCAUCAUCUAAUUUAGAAGGUAUAAGAAUGCAUGAAGAUGGUGAUGUGGAUUCAUCUGAAAUUGUUGGCACUUCAGAGCGAAGGGUGGCAAAGUCCCCGGAGAAGGUGAGGAAGAGAGUGCGGUUCAUUGUCCCGGAAAGUUCACAGAUCGAUAACGGCGUGAAGGAGGAAUUACGAGAACUGAUGGAAGCAAGGGAGGCAGGAAUGGCAUUCAUACUUGGCCAUUCAUAUGUAAGAGCAAAGAAAGGAUCAAGUUUGAUAAAGAAAAUUGUGAUAAAUUUGGGAUAUGAUUUCUUAAGAAGAAACUCUAGAGGACCAACUUACGUCCUAAGCAUUCCUCAUGCAUCUACACUAGAGGUUGGGAUGGUCUACCAGGUAUAGAAUAAUUUUAUUAAGUACUUGUACCGGAGCCCGCACUCAACUUGCAGGAUAUUGUCCAUUUUGACUCCAAAGUUUCACAAUUGAUGCCGUGAAAAAGGGGAUAAUACCUUGCAGAUUGGGUGCGGAUGUUCACACUUGGAUCUUUGCAUUCCAUCAUUUUCUUUCUUCCGCUCUUAUUGUAUAUGAUAGAACAUAACAUAGCUUUCUAGAGAUGGUAAUUCGAUUGCAGAUCAUAGUUCAAUA